AUGAAUUGUAAUAAUAAAAGAAAAAAUGGAGAUACAACAAAUAAUAACACAGAUAAUACUAAUAGCAAUAAUAAUAAUGAUAAUUCAAUAUCAAAUAUAAAAGUACUGAUGGUUCAGAAUUUGAUAAUACAAAUACAUCAACAAAUACACCCAGUUUGGUUUUUACAUCAAAUGAAGAAAACGAUAGCACCAAUGAAAUUAGAUUUUGGAAGAGACAAGUCUAAAGCCGAAAAAUUUUAUGCAAAGAGAAUAGAAUCUUUGAACUUGUCUAAUGAACCACUCACAGUUAUAAAAAGUGAUGAAUGCAUUGAAUUUCAAAUGAGCCUAGUUAAAUCACUACACACAAUUUCUUGUAAAACCAAGGUUGAACAGGCCAUUUUUUCAAGCAAUAAUUUGGAACUAAUCUAUCUCAUGUUUAAGCUUUACAAGGAUGACUUAUACGGUAAUUUUUUUAGAUAUCUAAAAUUUAUUACAAAAACCGAGAUAUUGGACUACAUCUUCGAUAACCAUCAAGAAUUAAUGUUUAGUGACAAUAAUCCACUUUGGAUAUGCACCAACAGCAAAGCUAUGGGCCAUUUCGAAAAUUUAAUGAAAAGUAUUUCAAGAAAAUUUUUAAUUAAAUCCAAUUUAACUAUAACAGACUUUGAAAAUACUCCAAGUAAAGAUUUUUUCGAAGGCUUAGAAAGAGCAGUCGACAAUCCAACAGUUUAUAUAUUUGAAAACAAUAAAAAUUAUCCCCAAAACUCUAUAAAUAGAUAUAAUUCAUAUUUUAUAAAAUUGACCAAUUUAACACAGGAUUCUGCAAUAUCAUUGUUUAGUUUUCUCAAUGACAGCUCUUUUAAUCAAAACUUUGAUGAACCAACCUCAGGUCUAGAUUCAGUAACCGCAUUAUCAAUUAUGAAAACACUAUUAGACCUUGCUUUUUAUAUUCACGCAGUAAAACAUUGGUCCUCAUAA